AUGGAUAUUAAGAGACCCGCAAAGUAUGGCAAAAAUUAUACACCGGCGGUGCUGUCCACCGCUUUGGCCAAGGUUCAAAAUCAUGAGAUGAGCAUCAAAAAGGCUGCGAAAUAUUUCGGAAUUCCGCGUUCAACUAUUCGCUCUCGCAUUUUAAAGAAAAAUCAAGAUCAGAUCCGUGCUGGCCCGGACACUAAUUUACUAAUGGAGGAGGAAAAUGAGUUAGAGGCGUGGAUUAUUGACAUGCAGAAUCGAGGGUAUCCUAUUACAAAAAACUGGCUGCUGGAUAGCGUAAAGCAGUUUAUGGAUGCAACACCGCGAAAGAACCGAUUUGUAAAUAACAGACCUGGUAAGUGUACUUAUAGAUUUUAAAGUUGGUUUUGUUUUCAUUGCCAUAUUUCAUCUUUGUAGGACGGACAUGGCUGCAGUUAUUUUUGAAACGUCAUCCAAAAAUCACUCUACGAACUCCAGAAUUCGUAACCAGUGCAAGCGCAAAGGUAUCCUCUUCCGACAUUAUAACGUGGUUCCAAACAAUCGAAGCUUAUUUAAC